GAGAGACAAGGCAGAAAUAGCAAAGAAAACAGCUGAUCUGUUACAUCCAGCCUAUAGGACUGAUCAGUUAUCUCAUAACAGGCUUUGAACAUAAUAAGCACACAUUGCUUCUACUGCCUCUCUUAUUUCACAGCAAGAGACGCAAAGAAUGACACAGCAGUCCUGAAUAUGGAUCCUUGUCCCAGGACCCUGUGAAGACAACCUUUACAGUAUUGCAAAGAAUGCAGCUUGUACUGUAUUCUGUCUCUGUGGAACUCAGAGCUCCUUGCUGCAUCUGGUAAAUGCUUUACUUGCUACCUAGGCUCACCUUCCUGUAAGUCAGUAUGCUUCCUGGCUCAUGUGAAGUAAGAUGCUGGAAGCCCUUGGACUGUGAUGAGAGAAGCAUGGCAACAACUCUCUGCACAUCGCGGCUUCAGCGUGAUGAGAACAUUCUGCAAAUGCUGAAUGGCUCUAUGAUGAGAAAGGUAAAGUCAAAAAUUUGGAAGAAGCCGAGAUACUUCAAGCUGCAAGAUGACUGCAUGACCAUCUGGUAUGAUUCAAAGAAAACAGGACACUCAAAAUCUUCUUUUUCUAUCAGUGAUGUGGAGGCUAUAAGAGAAGGGCACCAGUCUGAGAUAUUACAGAGCCUUGCUGAUGAGUUCCCUUCUAGUCGAUGUUUCACAAUUGUCUUUCGAGGACGGCAAGGGAAUCUUGAUCUUGUGGCAAGCACUCCAGAGGAGGCACAUUCAUGGAUACUUGGACUCCACAAACUUAUUGAAAAUAUGAAGAACAUGGAUCUGCGUGAAAAACAGGACCAAUGGAUUACUGACUGGUUUCACAAAGCUGAUAAGAACAAGGAUGGACGGAUGAAUUUCAAGGAAGUGCGGAGUUUGCUAAAGAUGAUGAACACUGACAUGCAUGAGCUUCAUGCUCUUCGCCUCUUUCAGAUGGCAGAUAAGUCCCGGUCAGGGACACUUGAAGAUGAUGAGUUUGUCUUGUUUUACAAAAUGCUUACUCAGAGAGAAGAUGUCCUGAAAAUCUUUAAUGAAUUUUCAAAGGAUGGAAACAGGAUGAGCUUAAUGGAAUUUGUUGACUUCUUGCAACAAAAACAGCUAGAACAAGAGAAUACAGAAGAUUAUGCCAUGGAUAUUAUUGCCAGAUAUGAGCCGUCUAAUGCUGCCAAGAAAUGCCACGCCAUAACCUUUGAUGGGUUCCUUUUGUACCUCCUUUCUCCCGACGGCUCCAUCUUCAAUCCUGAACACCAAAAUGUUUACCAGGACAUGACACAGCCUCUGUGCCACUAUUUUCUCUCCUCAUCUCACAAUACCUACUUGAUUGCAGACCAGCUCCGAGGACACAGCAGCAUUGAAGGAUAUAUAAGAGCUCUGAGCCGAGGCUGCCGCUGUGUGGAACUUGACUGUUGGGAUGGACCUAAUGGUGAGCCAAUCGUCUAUCAUGGACAUACACUUACUUCCAAAAUCUUCUUCAAAGAUGUUGCCUCUGCCAUUAGCAAGUAUGCUUUCAAGGUAUCAGAAUACCCUGUCAUACUGUCCAUUGAGAAUCACUGCAGUGUCGAGCAGCAAACAGUCAUGGCAGAGAUUCUGAAGCAGAUCCUGGGAGACAAGCUACUACGGAGUACAAUUGAUGGCAAAAUCCCUACUGUGCUUCCAUCUCCAGAGGAACUGAAAGGAAAGAUUUUAUUGAAAGCAAAGAAAGCUGGUGGGUUGGUGGACUACCAAGAUGGAAACACUGAAGAGCAGUACACUGGUGAAGUAACUGAUGAAGAAGAAGGAGCUGACUUGGAGGAGGAUGGCUACCGUACUGAUUCUAAGAAAAAAGGAAAGCAAAAGUCAAAGCAACAUCUUUCGAAGGAACUUUCUGAUUGUGUCAUUUAUUGCAAGAGUGUCCCAUUUAACAGCUUCAGGCACUCAAGUGCUCACUACAAAGUCUAUGAGAUAUCAUCUUUUUCAGAGUCCAAGGCGAAGAAACUCAUUAAAGAAACCUGUGAAGAGUUUAUUCACCAUAAUACUUGGCAGCUGUCUCGUGUCUAUCCCAGUGGACUAAGAACAGAUUCCUCAAAUAUAAACCCUCAGGAAAUGUGGAAUGUUGGGUGCCAAAUAGUGGCAUUAAACUUUCAGACAGCAGGUGAAGAAAUGGAUUUGAAUGAUGGGCGCUUCAGCCAGAAUGGCCACUGUGGUUAUGUGUUAAAGCCAAGUUUCCUGAGAAAUGCAGAGUCUACCUUUAACUCGGAACAACCAGAUCACAAAGAUGGGUACCAUCCACAAUGUUUCACUGUAGAGAUUAUCAGUGGACAGCAACUUCCUAAAGUUGAGAACAGUAAAGAAGGUUCCAUAGUAGAUCCACUGGUGCGUGUGGAGAUCCAUGGGGUACCGAUGGACAAUGCAUGCAAGGAGACCAACUACAUUGACAACAAUGGGUUCAAUCCUGUUUGGCGUAAAAUAUUAGACUUUACUGUCCAUGUUCCUGAACUUGCUCUAGUUCGAUUUGUGGUUGAGGACUAUGACAAGACAUCUAAGAAUGACUUUAUGGGCCAAUACACCUUACCCUUCGCUAGCAUCAAGGAAGGUUAUCGCCAUAUCCACUUGCUUUCUAAGGAUGGAACAAAAAUGUCUCCUUCUUCAUUAUUUGUCCACAUUAGGAUCACAGAUCUAGAAAUCUAGUGAUGGAACAUUGCAGCUGAAGAAGCAAACAGAUUACAAAUUGGAAUCCUUUCCUCUUCAUCCUGAGCUGCCUGCUAUACAUUACGCAUUGUAUAAAUAAUAAUCAGACUGUAGCUCCAGUAUUCUGUGCUUCAUGCAGUGCUAUAGCCUGUCUGUAGAUCUCUGGCAUAUAUGGCAUAUGUUAUACAUAUUGUUUAUAUAUAUAAAAGCAUAUAGGAUAAAAUGUACAUUUUUGCUAUUUUUAUAUUCUUUACUGUUAUUUAAGCUAUUUAUAAUUUCUAAUGUGUGUGUGCGCGCAUGCACACACAUAUGUUUGUGUGUGUGCUUUAUGUAUAAAAAAGACACACACACACACACACACACACACACACACACACACACACACAAACUCAUACUUAACAGACAAACGCUCAGGUGCAUGCACAUGUAGACAUACACCUCACACAUUUUACAAUGCGUCCAUAUAGUUAAUAUGGAAGUGACAAUGCCUAACUGGCUUACAAAUGAUCUGUAGGUUGCUGUUAGAGACUGUUUGAAAACAGGUCUUUUUUGGGAUAUGAUUAGAUAAAACACUGUAGAUGAAAUGGUAUAUCCUACAACAGGGGCACCGGAGAUAAAAAACAUCAGCAGGACAGCUUGCUAAUAUAAUUUCAUUGUGCUUGCUUUGUAAAUCAGACAACCAUAACCAGGUCUGAACUGACCUCUGUUAUAUGUGUAUGUAAAAGUUACUUUUACACAAUAAAAAAAGCUUUCUGGAUGGACUUCAAA